UAAGUAAAUUUUUUUUAAUACUACGUUCGCCAUUUUGGAUCAAAGUUACACUAAAAGUUGUGUAUGUUGUGGCAGAGCGAUUGUGCAUAUUCUAAAAACAUUGCAUCUAUAUAAUUUUGAGCUAUUAGAAAACGACAAAGAGAUGGCAGAAUAUUUGGCGUCAAUUUUUGGUACAGAGAAAGAUAAAGUAAAUUGUUCAUUUUAUUUUAAAAUCGGUGCUUGUCGACAUGGAGAUCGAUGUUCACGAAUUCAUAACAAGCCAACUUUUAGUCAGACAUGCUUAUUGCAGAAUCUUUAUGUAAACCCUCAGAAUUCAGCAAAAAGUGCAGAUGGAUCUCAUUUGGUUGCAAAUGUAUCUGAUGAAGAAAUGCAAGAACAUUACGACAACUUUUUUGAGGAUGUCUUUGUUGAAUGUGAAGAUAAAUAUGGUGAAAUAGAAGAAAUGAAUGUAUGUGAUAAUCUUGGGGAUCAUUUAGUUGGAAAUGUUUAUAUUAAAUUUCGAAGAGAAGAAGAUGCAGAAAGAGCUGUUAAUGACUUAAAUAAUAGAUGGUUUGGUGGAAGACCAGUUUAUGCUGAGCUUUCUCCAGUUACUGAUUUUAGAGAAGCAUGUUGCCGUCAAUAUGAAAUGGGAGAAUGUACACGUUCAGGAUUUUGUAAUUUCAUGCAUUUGAAACCUAUUUCACGGGAAUUACGACGUUAUUUAUAUAGUCGAAAAAAAGGUGGUAAAGGCCGAUCAAGAUCACGUUCGCGAUCCCGUGGUCGCGAUCGUAAACGAAGAUCACGAUCUCGUGACAGGAGAUCCAGAUCCAAAGAUCGCCGAAAAGGUAGAGAUGAUAAAGGUAGAGAUGGACGAUCUGGAAGGUAUUAAUUAUAUUAAUUUCCAAUUGUAAUAAUUCUUCAUAAUAAAAUGAUUUAAAUUUACUUAUUA